AGCUUCCCGGGAUGAGGGCUCCCAGCGUGUCCCGCCGAGCCCCUGGUCACUGAGGGGCCCCGGCGAGGCGCGGAGAUGGGGGUGCGCGAAUGUCCUGCCCUGCUGCUGUGGCUGUCCUUGCUGCUGCUUCCUCUGGGCCUCCUAGUCCUGGGCGCCCCCCCACGCCUCAUCUGUGACAGUCGAGUCCUGGAGAGGUACAUCCUGGAGGCCAAGGAGGCCGAGAACGUCACGAUGGGCUGUGCAGAAGGCUGCAACUUGAGUGAGAAUAUCACCGUCCCAGACACCAAAGUUAACUUCUAUGCCUGGAGGAGGAUGGAGGUCGGGCAGCAAGCCAUAGAAGUCUGGCAGGGCCUGGCCCUGCUUUCAGAAGCCAUCCUGCGGGGUCAGGCUCUGUUGGCUAACUCCUCCCAGCCAUCAGAGACCCUGCAGCUGUACGUGGACAAAGCCGUCAGUGGCCUGCGAAGCCUCACCUCCCUGCUUCGGGCGCUGGGAGCCCAAAAGGAAGCCACCUCACUUCCAGAUGCAGCCUCAGCUGCUCCACUCCGAACAUUUACUGUUGAUACUUUGUGCAAACUUUUCCGAAUCUACUCCAAUUUCCUCCGGGGAAAGCUGAAGCUGUACACGGGGGAGGCCUGCAGGAGAGGGGACAGGUGACCAGGUGUCCCCACCUGGGCUCAACCACCACCUUGCUUACCACCACUGCCUGUGCCAUGCCUUCCCCACCACCACUCCCAACCUCCAUCAAGGGGCUGUCAGCUCAGUGCCAGCAUGUUCCAUGGACACUCCAGUGCCAGCAGUGACAUCUCAGGGGCCAGAAGAACUGUCCAGAGCUCAACUCUGAGACCUAAGCAUGUCACAGGGCCAGCCUGAGGCCCCAGAGCAAGAGGAAUUCAGAGAUCAGUUUUAAACUCAGGGACAGAGCCAUGCUGGGGAGACACCUAAACUAACUUGGUGCCCUGCAGAACUGUGACACCAGGACAAGCUUUGGAGGCAAAUACCUCGUUUUGCACCUACCAAGCACAGACAGAUGGACUGGAGGAUUUAGGUGGCAAGCCAUGAAUUCUCCAGGUCUCUUGGGGACUCCCAUGACUGCGAGAGCCCACUGCACAAUGGAGGGGUGGUAACUGUGAAGUUGGGAUGGGGGCUGGUCCCUGGCUCUCAUGGGGUCCAAAUUUUGUGUAUUUUUCAAUCUCACUGGCAAGACUGAAACCACCA